CGCCUUGCCAGCGCACCUCUCUUCCCACCACCACCUCCCUCACACCCACGCCCGCCAGCAUGCCGACCGACACCUGGACGCCGCCCGUGCCGCUCUGGAGCGCGACGGACAAGCAGUCCUUCGCAUACGAGAGCACGGCAAAGCGCUGGCCCGAGAUCCUCGCCGGCGUCAUCUCGGCGCUGCACAAUGCCGCACACGCCCUCUCCUACUCGCAUUCGUCGCAGAGCGACAAGAUUGCCGAGGCGUCCGUCAUCAUCGAGCGCCUCAGCAAGCUCAAGCAUGACAUGGGCCGCGACCACAAGCUCGAGCCCAUUCCCGACGACGGCGGCGCCAGCCCUGCCGGCUACAACGACGUGCUCCAGCAGGAGGGCUGGACCUGGUUCAAUGCGCCGUGGCUCUUCGCCGAGUGCUACCUCUACCGCCUGCUGCGCUCCUUCUUUGCGCAGUCGAAGCACUGGCAGACCUACGAUCCCUUCUCCUCGCAGAAGCUCUCCGCCUUCCGCUCCUCUGGCUCGGCCAUCAACCAGCUCGCCACGACUGUCGAAGAGCUCGUGCACAAGGCAGAGGCUGCCGUCUCGAACGGCGGACGCGCGGCGACGAGCGGCGAUGGCUGGCGCACGAUCUUCCACCUUCUCGCACAAGCCUCGCUCUGGGGCAAUGCGACCGAUCUCUCGCUCCUCACCUCGCUCUCGCACGCCGACAUCCAGACGCUGCAGUCCGGCGGCCUCUCCGCUGAGGCGCAGGCCGAGCGCGCCCGCUUCAUUCUCACAGGCACCGAGUCGCUCGACGAGGCAUGGGCCCGCAUCGAGAGCGAAGAGAACGGCCGAGUGGACAUUGUGCUUGACAAUUCGGGCUUCGAGCUGCUCACGGACCUGCUUCUCGCCGACUGGCUGUUGUCGACUGGUCACGUCACGCAGGUCGUCUUCCACCCCAAGAACAUGCCCUGGUUCGUCUCGGACGUGACGCCCGCCGACUUUGCGCACACGCUCGAGGCGCUGCUCUCGCCGACGUUCUUCUCGCCCGCCGCCGCCACGGGCUCGAGCCGUGGCCGCUCCGAGUCGCGGCAGCGCGCCUUCCAGGCAUCGCCCGCCGUGCUGUCCGGCGAGGCACGUGCAGCAAAGGGCAGCGGCGCGCUGCAGAUGUCCGAGGAGGAGAUCGAGGAGCGCAAGAAGCGCGGCGAGAGCCCGCACCCGCGCGGCUCGCGUGGCCUCGUGAUGGAUGCGCAGGGACGCACGGGCGAGAUGGAGAAGCCCAAGGGCUCCAUGGGCCUCGCGCUUGACCCCAGCUACUUCCAGAGCGCACGCUCGAGGACCGUCUCGCCCUCGCGCUCCUACGUCGUCGACGCGUCAGUCACCUCCUUCUCUGCGCUCUACGAGGAGGAGAAUGAGGAUGCGUCGCGUUCUGGACUGCCCUCGUCGACGUCCGACGGCUCGACGCUGAACACGCUCUCGUCUGCAAGUGCAGGCGGAGCCGACGAGGAGGAGCGCGGCCGCUCGCGCCGGCCCGACAUUGGCACGCAGUCGACGCCUAUCAUGCGUCUGGCGCAGCGGUGGAAGGCGCACGUCGCCGCAGGACGCUUCGUGUGCGCCAUCGAGCCGUCGACGCCGCUCGGUGCAGAGGUUGCGGGCGGCGAAGGCUUCUGGUGCAGCCACCACAGCUUCGCCGACCUGCCGACGGCUGCGCCCGAGCUGCUCGCCGAGCUCAAGAAGUCCAAGCUCGUCAUCUUCAAGGGCGACCUGAACACGCGCAAGCUGCUCUCGGACGCACGCUGGCCGAACAGCACGCCCUUCGCCGUCGCCAUGGGUCCGCUCGCGGGCCACUUUGCGACGCUGGUGCUGCGCACGUGCAAGGCCGACGUGUGCGCCGGCCUCACGCAGGAGAAGGAGAAGUGGGUCGAGGCCGAGGACGCCAAGUGGCGCGUCAACGGCAAGUGGGCCAUUGUCGUGUACGUCGCGCCGACGAAGUGAGGCGACAUCCAGCUGCGGAAUGCCAGCCUUCCUGUACUUCGUUGCGCACUCUAUCAAGCGAUCGAUGAAAGGACAG